UUAUUAUUAUCAAUCAUUAUUGUUGUUGUUGUUAUUAGCAUUAUCAUCAUUGUCGUCUUCAUUAUCAUUGAUAUAUUGUUAUUAUUAUUAUUAUUAUUAUUGCUAUUAUUAUUAUUAUUUAUGUUAAUAGUAGGAAUUACUGUCCCACUUGUUUAGCUUUCACAAUCACCUAGAAUCAUCCCUUUAAAGCAUCAUUAUUGUCAUCGGUAAUCAUCGCGAACGCGUUGUCAACUGUAGACAACUUAACAGCCUUUUAAAUGAAAGAUCAAACUUCUCAUGCUUCUAUUUUAUAUCACCGUGAAGAGUUGUAUAAGGCGACGUUUUAAAAUUAAGAUUAUGCACACCACAACAUCUUGUAUUUUAACUCGAGUAAUAUAAAGAUGUAACAUGUAUGUCUACCAUCUCUCCAGUGUCUCUUCAAAACCGAACACAUGCUCCCUGCUGUUAGAAAAGAUAAAAAAGAAAAGAUAGAAAGAAAAAAAGAGAAAAGAAAGAAAAAAGGAAAAAGUAUUAAUUGACGAAGAAAUUUAUAAAAGCAAUUAUAUAUAUAUAUAUAUAUAUAUAUAUAUUGAUGAAUUCAUAUGAUCGUUUCUAAUAAGAAAUAUAUAUGUAUGCGGAGGAGCGCGUGUGUCCUCAUCAAGUAUCAUUAUUGCAUAGUUUUAUUUAUUAAUUGUUUGUUCUUUUGAUUUAUUUUUUUAUUUAUUUAUUUUGUAUCAUUGCACCAAUUACAUUCUAAUUAAGCCCUUUAUCACAUAGAAUUUUUAAUGUACUAGAUACUUAAGAGUCUCUUUGUAAAGGAAUGUACAAAAAAAUAAGUGCGCACGUAUGUCCGCCGUCGCCGCGUGUAUGAUAUAUAUAUCGAAAAAAAUAUUUUCAUUGUUUCGUUUUAAAUAAUAUUUAAAAAUUUUGAUUUUCUAUCGUUUCGAAAUAAUGAGCGACGUAUUCUUUACGACAUUUACGUCGUAUUCUUUAAUUAAAUAUUUUAUCUUAGGAAAAAUAAUAAUUAAGCGUAUAUUACUUAUCGAUCGUACUCUACGUUUACAAAUGUAAAUUAAAGGAUAAAAUGUUUAUAGAAUGUCAUCGCUAGGCGUCGCUGUUAAUACAUUUUAGUCUUCGAUGAUGGCGCUACGAUCGCAAUUAAAUUCAAAUUACUCGUGCUUCAUACUACACGAUGUUUCUUAAUUUAAGAUGAUGUUAAAACUCGCGUUUACGCGUGAUUCUUAUAUCUUAUUUAUUUAACAAAAAUGUUAAACAUAUAUAUAUACAUAUAGAUAUAUAUAUAAAUAUAUCUCGUGUAUUUAGACAAGCAUAAUAUUUAAUGCGAUGUAGCAUUUUUAUUAGAAAAUAUUUCUAUAAAAACCUAACCUCUACCCAUUAGUUAUUAUGUUCCGUAAACACAUAUACAAAGUUUUAAGUGUGUUAGGAGUUACAUUACAGUAUGCAUGCAUCACACAUUGUGCGUUUGAGUAUAUCGGAGAAUUUGUAGUGUGUUCAGGUCCAUCUAUGGAGCCAACGAUACAUAGCAAAGAUAUAUUAAUUACAGAACAUAUAAGUACAAGAUUAAGAUGGUAUAAGAAAGGUGAUAUAAUCAUUUCCAUAUGUCCUUCCAAUCCUAGACAACAUAUUUGUAAGAGACUUGUAGGUUUACCUGGAGACAGUAUAAGACAUGGAUUUACCACUCAUAUUGUACCAAUUGGGCACGUUUGGCUAGAAGGAGAUAAUAGCGGUAAUUCUACGGAUUCACGAAUCUACGGGCCAGUACCACAAGGAUUACUUCGUGGUCGUGCAAUAUGUAAAAUAUGGCCGUUGUCCGACAUAGCACUUUUUACGAAAUUGUAACAACAUUAUAUAGUUUUUUUUCCUCUUCUUUUUUAUUUUUUUUAUAUAUAUAUAUAUAUAUAUAUAUAUAUAUAUGUAUGUAUAUUUUUUUUUCUUUUUUUUUUUUUUUUUUUAAGAAGAAAAAAGAAUGAAAAAGGAGAGAGAGAGAGAGAGAGAGAGAGAGAGAGUGAGUUGUGAAAAUAAUGUGAAAUGAUUGUAGAGAUUGAAUUUAAUCGUCAAAGAAAAAUUUUAAUAUCAAUGAUUUACUGAACUAUAGGAUUUAGAAAUAUUAUUGACAUUUAUAGUUGCACGAAGAAGAAAAAGAUUUAUAUUGGUACGAUGUGAAUUAUACUUACUAAUGUCCUAUACGCACCAUUGGCUGUGCUAUCAGGCGCGAAUCAAUGAGGAGAAAUGCCUCUAGAAGUUAUUGGAUAUAAGCACAUACUUCUCAAAUGGAUCGUUCAAAGUGUCAGAUGCAGUAGGAGUUGGACGUACCUCACUCGUGCGAGGAUUGUAAAAAUGUAGGAAUAUCGAUGAGAGUGUAGCCCUCCCGCGGAGGGCGUCAUAUUUUUAUGACGUAUUUAGCACCUCGAACUUUGAUUCUAUCACGAUAACAGUUUUAUUCAUCGUUCGUGUAAGAAUUGAUCUGUAAUAUCAAUCCUUUGUACGCAUACAUAUACAUACACACGCGCGCGCGCGCGCCCGCAUACGCGUAAACGUGUUAAAAAAAACGUGUGUGCGUGUUACAAAAAAAAAAAAAGAAAAAAAAAAAAAAAGAAAAGACAAAAAUAAUUAACUUAUGUAUAAUAAAUGAAAUAUAAUAUAAAAGUAUUAAAUGUAUCGAUGAUAACAUUUAAAUGUAAUACAAUAGAUUCUACAUAUUGAAUUACAAAUACGAAGUUUCCAAACAUU